ACGCUUAGGCCAGAUUAUCGGGAGUUGUCGAACAGGGAACAUAUAUCCUCUGGAACGAAUCUAGUCGAAGUAUUUUUGUGAUAAUAUUUGUAGAAAGCUCGGUCUUUAGUUUUAUAUAAUUUACGGACAAUCAUGAAACUGGAAAGUUUAUUGGUCUUCAGUGUGUUUGUUUGCUUCAGUGUUGCUAUGACGGUAGCUCCCAAAAAGAAAUCAACAGAAAAGAACAAACGUAGAUUUCAAGCAGUCCUACCGGCAAAAUGCAAGGACAUAUGCGAAGACACCAAGACGCGGUACCCAACCAAAAAGAUCCAGAAACUGAUCAAAAGAAAAAAGUACUUGACGCUGUUCAACAACAAAGGACCUUUACUGGAACCGGCCUCCCAGCCUGCUCCAUUUAAUGUGCUCAAGGAGCAGGAACUCGAAUCUGAGAAUUUGUGCAGGACAAGGACAGUGAAUAUGUUUCCUAAGGCCGCCUUGAAUUUGGUCACGGGUGAACCUGCGUUGAUUGUGAACGUGCCUAGUUAUCAGCAGAACCUAAUCUACGAAACAUGUGUAGAUGGUGACGGCAAAUGUGUCGACAAAGAAAGUCGCCCCUACGGUUUCCAGACGGCGUGCAAACAGAAAUACAACAAAGUGAGACUGGUAUCCAUAAAUUCCGAAGGAAAACUGGAACAUGGCAAGUUUUUCGUGCCCAGUACGUGCGUUUGCAGCAGCUAUACCUUCAAGCGAUAACAAACCUCCAACUCUCAGCCAGUUAAUGUCCAGAAUUCGAAUUAGUUGAGAGAAAAUCUGGAAAAUAAGGACAAAUUCUGUCACCCCCCCUUAGAUUAAAUAUAUUAAAAAAUAUAGCAUACAAUCAUAACGGUGUUUCACAGUUUAAGCCAACAGAUUACUGACAUUAGUCAGUCUGUUUCAAUGAGACCGAAAGGUAUCAUAGAUAUACAAAUCUGCUGUAUCUUUUAUAUAAUUAAUCUAAAGUUCCCACACUAGUUACAAAAUAAUCUGCUCCAAUAUUUUUCUUUUUAAAGACUAUUUGAAAAUAGAUAUCGCGAUCUUUGAGUGGAACUAACUAAUUUGUGACUACUGUGUGUUUGCAAGCCUAUUCAUAGUAUUAUUAAAGAGAUUUGUUAGUGUUUAGUUCAAAUUAGCAAGAAAUACUUUAUUAUAUUAAAAAUCUAUAAGUGUGGUUUUAGGUCGGACGACGCAUUACGGAUGCAUGUAAACCCACACUAAGACACUAAAACUGAUUCGUGAUCAAUCAAAUGAAACAAAAAUUUAAAAUUUGUUAAAUGAAUUGUAAAGUGUGAUAUACCUAUUUAUUUUACAUGAGUUUCAAACUUUAUUUUAAAAAUAAAAUAUCUCUAUCUGUCCAACGAAUUAGGGAAACUUUCGACAGAUUGCGACAUCAAAAAAAAGACAGAAAAUACGAUUUUCCUGUACGUUAAAGUGACAGACACAACUGUCACUGUCGCGGAUCCUCUUAUUAGACAUACUAUAUGAUCAGGUACAAUAUGUCUCCAGAUUGUCUACUAAGAGGAAAAACUUUUUCAUUAUUGGAAUUUUGAGAAAAAAUUCAUUCUUCAUUCAUUCAAUUCAUUUCUUACUUGGUUCCUGUACAUUGUAAUAAAAAAAAAUAUUUUAAUGAAUAUU